UUGCUGCUGAUGGAACACGCAUCCUUUGGAGAUCAACGGAAUGCCACAUUUUCUCUUGAUGAGGAGGAUCAUACACUUGCAAAUGCACUGAGAUUCACCUUGACUCAAGAUCCACGGGUAAUAUUUAGUGGUUACAACAUUUCUCAUCCUUCAAAAGCCCUGGUUAAUGUUAGAGUUCAAACGAUGGGUGAACCAGCAAGAGAAGUUUUGAAAAAUGCAUGCCAAGAUCUGAUGCUGAUGUGUCAACACAUAAGGGGCACAUUCGAUAAAGCUGUCAACGAUUAUUGUAGCAGCUUUCGAUUUAUUAGGCCAGAAAGCCUCAAGGUGAAGGAGAAGGCCAAAGGGCCUCACAAGGAGGGCCUCAAGGUGAAGGAGCAGGAGCAGGCCGAAAGGCCUCACAUAGAGGCAUCGCAGCCUCAAGUCAACAGGCCAGAAGGCCUCAAGGUGAAGGAGCAGGCUGAAAGGCCUCGAAGAGAGGCUUAA